AUGAAUCAGGUCACAACUCAAUGGGACGUGGCAAUAGCUCUUUACAUAUUCUUCAAUUGGUGUCAUGGAGGAAUUACAAAUAUAAACUGCUCUGGACGCAUCUGGGUAGAACCAGCCACAAUUUUUAAGAUGGGUAUGAAUAUCUCUAUAUAUUGCCAAGCAGCAAUUAAGAACUGCCAACCAAGGAAACUUUAUUUUUAUAAAAAUGGCAUCAAAGAAAGAUUUCAAAUCACAAGAAUUAAUAAAACAACGGCUCGCCUUUGGUAUAACAACUUUCUGGAGCCACAAGCCUUUAUGUACUGUACUGCUGAAUGUCCCGGAUAUUUUCAAGAGACACUGAUAUGUGGAAAAGACAUUUCUUCUGGAUAUCCACCAGAUGUCCCUGACAAAGUAACCUGUGUCAUUUAUGAAUAUUCAGGCAACAUGACUUGUACCUGGAACCCUGGGAAGCCCACCUACAUAGACACCAAGUACGUGGUGUACGUGCAGAGUUUAGAGACAGAAGAAGAGCAAGAGUAUCUCACUUCAAGUUAUAUUAACAUCUCCACUGAUUCAUUGCAAGGUGGCAAGAAGUAUUUGGUUUGGGUCCAAGCCUCAAAUGUACUGGGCACGGAGAAGUCAAAACAAGUGCAAAUUCACCUGGACGAUAUAGUGAUACCUUCUGCAACCAUUAUUUCCAGGGCUGAGGAUAUAAAUACUACAGUGCCCAAAACCGUAAUCCACUGGAAUAGUCAAACAUCAAUUGAAAAGGUUUCCUGUGAAAUGAGAUACAAGGCUACAACAAACCAAACUUGGAACGUUAAAGAAUUUGACACCAAUUUUACAUACGUGCAACAGUCAGAAUUCUACUUGCAGCCAAACACUAAGUAUGUAUUUCAAGUAAGAUGUCAAGAAAAAGCUAAGAGGUACUGGCAGCCCUGGAGUUCACCCUAUUUUCAUAAAACUCCUGAAAUAGUUCCCCAGGUCACACUGAAAUCAUUUCAACAUGAUACUCAGAAUUCUGGGCUUCUAAUUGCUUCCAUCUUUGAAGGACACCUUACUUCUGACAAUAGGCAACAAGACAUUGGGCUUCUAUUGGGAAUGGUCUUCUUUGCGGUUAUUUUAGCGAUUCUUUUUUUGAUUGGGAUACUUAACAGAUCGUUCAGAACUGGAAUUAAAAGAAGAAUUUUAUUGCUAAGACCGAAGUGGCUUUAUGAAGAUAUUCCUAAUAUAGAAAAUAGCAAUGUUGUGAAAAUGCUACAGGAAAAAAGUGAAUUUAUGAAUAAUAAUUCCAGCGAACAGGUCCUAUAUGUUGAUCCAGUGAUUACAGAGAUAGAAAUCUUUCUCCCAGAAGAAAAACCCAUGGACUACAAAAGGGAAAAGAACACAGGAUCCGUGGAGACAAACGACAGCCUGCAAAAGUCACUACUCACCAACACUACAAUAGUAUAUAUUCCUGAUCUCAACACUGGGUAUAAACCCCAGAUUUCAAAUUUUCUCACUGGGGGAAACCAUCUCAGCAAUAAUGAUGAAACAGCUUCCUCAACUCUGGAACCACCAGCUGAUUGCUUAAACCUGGGAAAGAAUGCCAGGUUUAAAAAAUAUCCUAACUUUUCUUUCUCUGUCUCAAGUAUGAAUUCGCUAAGCAACACACUAUUUCUUGAAGAAUUAAGCCUCAUUUUAAAUCAAGGAGAAUGCAGUCCUCCAGACAUGCAAAACCCUGUAGAGAGGGAAACCACCAUGCUUUUGGAAAAUGCAUCAACAAAUGAAACUCUUCCAGAACAGACCCUGCUGCCUGAUGAAUUCGUCACCUGUUUGGGGAGCAUGAACGAGGCGUUACCAUCUAUAAAUUCUUAUUUUCCACAAAAUAUUUUGGAAAGCCACUUCAAUAGGAUUUCACUCUUAGAAAAGUAG